CGUGUUUUGUCGGAGUGCGAUCGCUUCAGUCUUGGCCAGGUUGGUGUGCUAGACACAUCCACAGCGCUCAACGAACCCACGAUCCCGAUCCCUUCCAUACGAUCCGAUUCGUUUCGAUUCCAAAUCGUGCCGUUAACAUGUAAAACGAGUGUUGGCCACAAAACGAAAUAAUUAUAGAGGAAGCCCGCAAAUAAAAAAAAUACAAACCAUUAAGGAAGUAUAGCAAAAAAAAAAACCAUCAAACUAAUGUGAAACCAAAAUUUCGUUAAAAUAUUUAAAAAUCAUCAACGUUCCGGACAACCAGUUUAAAGCAUAGCAAAAUCGCCAAAACAACAGACACAUAACAAAUUGGAUUACGCAAAAAGGGCGAAGUUGGAUAGAGUUCACACCAUGAAGACCGGCACUCCAAUGGAAAUUUUCUACACGGCGCUGCACUUAAUCACAAUCGCAGCUCUGACGACGCACGCAGCGCAGAUACCAACGGCAGUCAAGGAUGCGCAGAGCUCACUGAGCGAGGCGAUUGCGGCGGCGGAGAAGGAGGCGGAGGUGGCCUCCACCACGAAGCCGGCGGUGGAGCCGAGUGUGCGGAUCAAGUGCCUGUCCGGCUCGAUGCUGAUCACCAUCAAAGAUGCUCCCCCGAAUCACGAAACGGGGCUGUUCAGCGGCAUGAUCUACCCGAAAGGCCUGUCCAAGAACUCCACCUGCCUCAGUGAAUACAGAGAUCAUGUGGGCUCCCUGCGGUACAAACUGCCGCUGAGAUCUUGCAACACGAUGCCGAAGGAAACGGACGAUGGUGGCAUCGAGUUCUUCAACACCAUAGUGCUGCAGCCGCACCUGAAGCUCAUCACGGACUUGGGACGCGGCUACCACGUUCGCUGUGCCUACAAGAGUCGCGAUGCGGCCAUGAAGCCCAAGAAGUAUCUGCGCAAGCACGCCCAGAAGCCGCAGGCCUUCCGCAGCGAGGAUCGCAGGGACUACGGACGAUCGCUGGACAAGCAGCAGGACGAUGACCUCGACGAGGAGGAUGUCUAUGAUGCGAAUGCGCCGCAGGAGGAGCAGGAGGAUGUGAGCAACAACGAGAUCCCCAUGCCCGCCUGCCACAUGAAGAUCUACAACGACGAGCACAAGAUAGCCGACGAUGUGAAGAUCGGAGAUCCCCUGACCAUAGUGAUCAACAUCGAUAGACAGCAGGUUUAUGGGCUCCAUGUGACGGACUGCAUAGUUCGCGAUGGCUUGGGCUGGGGAGAACAGCGACUGGUGGGCGAAGAUGGCUGCCCCAUGGACAACGAGAUCAUGGGUCAGUUCAACUACACCGAGGAUCGUUUGGCUGCCAAUGUGACCUUCCCGGCGCACAAGUUCCCGUACACCACUUCCGUUUACUACCAGUGCAAUGUGCGGCUGUGCGCUUUGGAGGAUCCCACCUGCCAGGAGGCUCCUCUGUGCAGCGGCAAGCGACCCAAGCGCCAGACGGCGGUCGACAGCAAGGAGGAGGACGGCCUGCCCGCCACCAUUGAGGUCUUCUCCGGCUUGUAUGUCAAUGAGAACGAGAAUGCCAAUGACAGCGACGACGAUGCGGUUUACAAGGAGAAGACUCUGGAUGAUGCUCUGUGCGUGUCACAGCGCACCUUCGCCAUAGCCAUUGCCAUCGCCGGCCUGAUCCUCAUGCUGGCCGUGGUGGCCGCCGUGCUCUGCAUCAUGGCCCGCAGGAGCACCAAGACGGUGUCGAACUCGGGCAGCUCCAUCUACAGUGGACCCUACACGAACACCGCCUUCUCGCACAGCAGCUAAGCGCGGAAUGGGGAGGUCCUCAAAGAUUCCAUUUAAAAUUCAAACGUUUCCAAAAUGUACAACACUCAAAGUGUUUAAAAUCAGAGAGAGGAGAUUAGGUCGCGCAGGUGCCGCUGCGGUAGUCAACGAUUGGUAGGAUUGGGAGCCACCUAGUUUGUAAGGAUGCCGGAGCAGUCAGUCGUCCAGCGGCUGUUCCAUAGAUUAAGCCUAGUCUUAGUUUGCAAUAUGAUGUGCAGAGAUUACCGGGCAAUGGCGGGGCACCAUCCCCAUUGCCUGCUAAUGUCGCAGAGAUCUUAGGUACUCCAUAUCCAGAUGGUAUGGUUUGGUAGCCAUUCAACUCUGUUCCGCACAGUCGGUGUUGGACUCGCCCUUCCUUCAGACACUCCACUGUAAGUGUAAGCGUGUUUCUGCAUCCCUACUACCCCAAGAACCCCUACUAACCUAUUGUACUUUCCCUAACUUUAUCACUCGAACUAACAACGAAUGCAGCAGCCGACGCUCAGGUGAUAUUUGUACUCGUAUCUACUUAACGACUAAAUCCUAUUCGUAAUUUAUUAAUUUAUCGGAUGCCUAACUGCCAAAGGUCCAAAACUACAACACUCGGCGCCCUCUUAGUAGAAUUUCCUGAACAUUUUCUUGUCAUUGAUAUACUUAACGCGUAUUAAACCCUUGGCGGCAGGAGCCCUUAUUAUAAAGCAGCCGUCCCGAUCAGCCACUUACUAUACCGAUAUAUGAUAUAUAAUAUUUGAUAUAUGAUAAUGAAAACGGAAUGUCUGGCAACAGUUCUCAAAGUAAGCUUACGCCUUUGCACCGCUUCAAUCGAGCAUUCCACCGCCCACUUGAACAAUUAAGGGAAUGCUCCUCUGGAGCCGUUCAAUACACGCAAUUCAAUUCAUAUUUUAAAGCUCAAUUUUAGUGUACCUCUAAGUUAAUAUUAAUCAUUGAACAAUAAACUCAAAUUGACCUAAA